CAAAACUCGGGGUCAAAGAUUAAUCACCUUUACUAACAACACUGGCCCUGUCAUGUGUUUUACUUUUAACGUCGUCCCACGCACAACGUUUUACGAGAAGAAGAAAAUAUAGGAGCAUAUUUUUAACUGGAGGUCGUCCCUUUUAUUAAUGUCCGGUUCUUGAAUUGUCAACGAGUGCUUCUGAAAACCGAAGCAGUCAUUUCCCCCUGUUAGCCGUGUAAGCUAAAUUGCUACCUGUAUAGCAUUAGCCUGCCUGGAUAGACCACCUAGCUGGGUUUCUCUCAGGUUUUUCGCGAGCGACUCCCUGACUGCCUGUCUGAUUAUCUGGAUAACAACACUGGAAAAGAAUAAAAGGGAUGGUGCAGCCCCAACCUGAUGGCCCACUGCAGUGGGACAUGUCAGGAGAUGAUAGUGGGGGGGCCCUCAGGGUCCCACCUGAGCUGGCAGCCAAUGAAGUGGUCACCAGGUUGCUCGGAGACAACCAGCAGCUCAGAGAUGCCUUACGGCGAAGCAACCUCGCCUUGCGUCAGCGCUGUGAAGAGAUGGAGGGUUGGCAGAGAAAGACAAGGGAAGAUAGGGAAUUUCUCAGUUGUCGUUUCCAAGAGGCCAGGGCGCUGGUGGAAAGGCUGGCACAGGAGAACCACUCGUUACAAGGCCUGGUGAACGGACCGGCCUCCUCAUCCAACCACUGUUGUAGCUCCAGCCAGACUGAAACCUCUUUUCCAACCAAGAAUGGCCCUCUUGAUCAGCCACAGAUCUUGGAUCAACGGGAAAAGAAAACAGUGGAGGAAGCAGAUCAGCACACACAGACAACUCCCCCUCGUAGCUUACCCGUUCCGGGUGCAAAUGACUUCCUGCAAGUGAAGAUCCACAAAGAAAAGCUGGAGGAAGCCAUGCGAGAUCUGAAAAAGAAAAAUGAAGAGCUGGAGCGACAGAGAGACGAGGGCGAAAAGGAAAGAGAGCGAAUGCGUCGCUUCAUUGACCAGCUGGCGGCCAAACUGGCCCAAGUACAGGCAAGCAGUGCUACAGAGGAGGUUGUUCAACAUCGCAGCGAAGCCCAGCACUCCUCUGACUGGUAUCGCGAACUGGAGGAGAAGGUGAAAAACCUGCAGAAGAGUUCCGCUCAGCGUGACAGAACCGAGGCGACGCUCAAACAAAAGGACAAGGACUGUGAGGCUCUCAAAGCUCAGGCAACGUCUCUCUUAGCAGAACUCAACGAGAGGCAGAGCUGCCUGGAAAAAAGCGAGCAAGAACGAAAAAUGCUGGAAGACAAAUUGGGCAGUAAAGUGAAAGCGCUGCAGGUGGCAGAGCACGAACUGGAGCAGCAGAGGAAUCAGCAUCAUGUGAACAAGGACAAGCUUAUGUUGCAGAUUCAGAGCUUGGAGCAAGCCCUCAAGACAGAGAGACAUGUUGUCACCGAGGAAAAGAAAAAACUGACACAGCUUCAGCAUGCCUACACGUGUCUCUUUCGAGACUAUGAUACCAUACUCAAGAGUGAGGGAGGAGAUCUGUGCAGCCGCCUGGAGGAGGCAGAGAGAGCGCUGGCCUUGAAGCAAGACCUGAUUGACAAGCUAAAGGAGGAGGUAGAGCAACAGAAGGGCUCACUGGAGACUGUUCCUGUCCUCACCGCGCAGGCUGAGAUCUAUAAGGCAGACUUCCUUGCAGAACGAGAAGCGAGAGAAAAACUAAACCAAAAAAAAGAAGAGCUGCAGGAUCAGCUGACUCAUGCCAUGGCUGAGAUUGACAGGCUCAAACAGGAAGCUUCAUCCCGGGCACGUAUGGAGCAGAUGAAGUUGAGGCAUCAGGAGGACUUUCCAGCGCGAGUUCCACACAUUGCUCCUCCACCAGAUGGAUUUUCUGCCGGAGUGUUCAACACGGCGCCCCUUUCAUCCUUGUACCGUAAUCCAGGAUUGGGGCCGCCUGGUAAUCAAGGAGCAGCAGGAGUUGAAGAUCUGCCAGAAUUAUGUUGUCCCAAGUGCCAAUAUCGGGCUCCAGAUAUGGACACUCUGCAAAUCCACGUUAUGGACUGCAUACAGUAACAGAUUACAGAGUUCAUCUUCCCUUCAAUAAUCGACCAGACGUACCAUUAUAAUCACUGAUAGGUGAACUGAAUAACAACGUUCUCAGUCUUGACAUCGAUUAAAAUUUUAGACUUUGGCAUGUCGCCACUUUACCCUCACGGUUUAUUUGAUUGAAUCAAGAUCUGUGGAGGAGGGACUCGUACGCACCACACGGGAUCGAAGGAAAAGGGCAUCAAGUGACCCAACAGCAGGAUCGUAGGUGCUAAAUGUAAUCGAUAUAUUUGCAGGGAACAGUCGAUCAAUGUUGCAGAACACAAAGGUACUAAAGCACUGUUUUUGUUUUUUUUGUUUUUUUUGUUUUUUAAAUAAAUGACUGUCCUGUUUUGUUGCUUAGACAUGCAGUAUGGGGGCUCUUCACGCCGGAACAGUUUUGCUGGGCAACUGGAGAGUUUGGCACGCUCCCUCGAUAAUUUGUACAACAGAACGGGCAUCUACUACUAAGUAGUGCCAAUUACCCUUGUAAAGAAUGUGAGUGUCUGCCAAAGGGAUGUGACUUUUAUUUUUGUCUAACACCAAGAUCCAAGGUGCAUCCAAAGUCCAUGCACUUCAAUCCAGCCGAGUUCCUUUCAGAUGUACUGGCAACCCGGCCGCUGUUAAUCGUUUGCCGUCGUGACACACUGUCAGAAGUUUUACGGAGUUUACGCCGGAGCUGUUUCAGCUCCCAAACAGUAUUAAUCUGAAAGUUAUAGUGAUAUGGCUGAACGGUGUAGAUGGGGGCGGGAGGCGGGGGUGGUCCCUAUCCAGCUCGAUGUGUCGCUGGAAUCAACGUUUUGUAGUCGCACCUUACUUGCAUUUAAAUGCAAUACACGUGAAAUCAAGUUAACCUAACACGGAAACUUAAAACGACGAUGAUGAAAUGAAGAUGUGCCAAACACAGGACAGUUCUCGUGAAUGAAAAAAGUAACGGCAGCAUCGUAUUCCUCUGGACCUGGUCCACCCGUUCACUUUUUGCUGUAGCUUUUCCAUUCCUCAUAUCUGUCUUUUCCCCUCUUGUGUUGUUUGUUGCUUCUCCCCGGUUCCCCCUCCUAUAUAUUUUUUUCAUGUAAUUAUUUGCCUGCAGCUCGGCAGACAAGAUGUGCUUUUGCACUCAGUGCCUGAUGUCUUUUUUCUUUGUUUUUCUUUACUCUGCAGAGGUAGCCAUUCCUAAGAAAGGAAUGGCUGAUGUGUGUGGGAUUAAAUAUGUCCUUUAAUUGUCAUCCAUUGUUUGAACCUAAGAUAUUUAAAAUAUACAGUGGAAUAACCCCCCCCCCCCCCCCCCCAUCUCCCUGAAGGGUAACGUGAGCGAAUAACCUAGUGAGCUUUAAAUUAAGGUGUAUAUUCAAAUAUGGUAUGUUUUGGUCAUAAAUGUUUGCAUUACCUCAAAACAUAUCUGUACUAGAGAUGGUUUGAUUCUUGGUUAACAAAGUAGCCAUUCUCUUUGUACUGUGUCUGUGUAUACUGUUAAUUACAUCACAGAGGACCUUUAUUGUGUACUUCUCCCUGUAGCUAUCAAUUAUCUGAAUGUAAGCGCAUUGAGGUCAAUGUUUUUGUGAUUAUUGUCUGUAAUGAUGGAUGCUCUGUUGGUGAAGUGGAAGUUGUUUUAAUCUGUUGAUAAAUUCUGAAAUAAAUCAGUUCUUAGGCUCA